AGAGAGGUGGCCACAUCCUCAUUUGUGUUCACUAGUGUGGUUGUGCUGCUAGCAGCUGGGUGUGGGUGUGUGGCCAGGCAGGCCAAUACCAAUGGCGACUGCAUCAUCAUUGCCCACACACCAAAAGCGCAAGAGAGAAGGAAAUAAAGCAGGGAGACGUGCUACAGCUCCCUUGCACUACUCGGAGUCGGAGACUACCCCAGCAGCAGCUAGCUAGCUAUGGCAGCUAGGUUUCUGUAACCAAUCUCACCCAUCUUUGCUUUUUUUUUUUAUUUUUAUUUAUUUUCCUUCGUCAGAAGAUGAGAUGAGAUGAGAUGAGAAAAAAAAAGGCGUACCUGAAACGAUUCCCUGCAUAAUCGCAUUACCGCAUUCCAUUCCGCUGCAUACUUGCAUUUGCAUCUCAUCCCUCCCUCCUCCUCCUCCUCCUGCUGCUGCUGCUGCUACCUCACCGAUCCAUUCCAGCCAUCGUGUCUAGCUACCUCGCCGUGAGGGCCGCCGCCCGGGUCGCAUCGCAGUUCGCAUCGCCUGGUCGAUCGGGGACUCGACUCCAUAUCCAUCGGGGCCGGCGAGCCACACUAUAAAAGACCUUCCGCCGCCUGCGAACUGGGAUCAUCGUCCCUGUCUGAAGUCUGAACGAGCAGAGAGGCAUCCAGAGUGGGCAGCGGAGAGAGCUGAGCAUGAUGAUGAUGAUGCGGUCCUGCCUCGGCGGCGGCCUGCCGGUGGUGGUCAUGCUCUGCCUCAACGUGGUGGCGGCGGUCAUGGUGUCGCUCGUCAAGGUGGCCAUGAACGGCGGCAUGAACCCGCUCGUCAUCGUCACCCUGCAGCAGCUCACCGCCGCCGUCUUCCUCGCGCCAAUCGCAUUCUUCAAGGAGAGGAAGUCGAGGCCGAAGCUGACGCUGGAGAUCUUCGCCUACAUCUUCGUCAGUGCGGCGCUCGGGGCAGCUCUGCGUCAGUACAUGAUCUUCGUGGCCCUACGCUACACGACGGCCACCUUCGUGACCGCCUUCUCCAACAUCGCCCCCGUGCUCACCUUCCUCCUCGCCGUCGCCACGCGGUCAGAGGCGCUGGACCUCAAGAGCAGGACGGGGAUGGCGAAGCUGCUGGGCACGCUGGUGUCCCUGGCCGGCGCCAUGGUGCUCACCCUCUACAAGGGCGUGGCGCUCACCCACGCGGCGGUGGCGGCCUCGCCGCACCGGCCGACGCACGCCGCCGCGGACGCCGACGCCGCCAGCCGCGGAAAGUGGACGCUGGGCACCGUGGCCAUCCUGGGCAACUGCGUCUGCCUCUCCUGCUGGUUCCUGCUCCACGGCCGCCUCGCCAAGAAGUACCCGCACGUCUACUCCUGCAACGCGCUCAUGUCCUUGUUCAGCUUCUUCCAGGUCGCCGUCGUCGGCCUCUGCACCCAGCGCAGCAUCUCACCCUGGAUCAUCACCAGCAAGUUCAACAUCCUCACCGUCCUAUACGCUGGCAUCGUCGGCUGCGGCGUCUCGUUCGUGCUGGUGACAUGGUGCAUCGAGAAGAGGGGGGCCGUGUUCGUUGCCGCCUUCAUACCGGUGGUGCAGAUCAUCGUCUCCGUCAUCGACUUCUCCAUCCUGCACGAGCAGCUCUACCUCGGAAGUGUGCUGGGAUCAGUGCUAGUGAUAGGUGGGUUGUACCUUCUGCUGUGGGGCAAGAGGCAGGAGGCCCUGCACUGUCCUCCUCCUCCUCCUCCUCCUCCAAAGGUUGCCGAAGAAGACGCUGCUGCUGACAAAGAGCAGCAGCAGCAAGUGCAGCACGACUGAAGACGGACAGCAGCAUCCUCUGACUGUUGGUCGUUUGGUUGUAACAGUCCCAGCAAUAAGAUCUCUGCCUGGCUCCCUCCUUUUCUUUUCUUUUUUUCCCCCUUCCUUUUGGUGUCUCAGGGUGGGCGAUGUUCCUUCCUUCCUUCCUUCCUUCCUUCCUUCCUUCUCAGGUCGAUCAGUCUGGUGCCAACAAAGUGUUUUAGAUUCUAAUCCAAACAGUAGAACGGUCUUAAAUAUAGUACUCCUACUUACUGAUGAUAGCAACAUCACAUACUGAACCACCACUACCAGGUAGCCAUUUUGUAGGCCUCUGGAGAAAUACAGAGUAGAGUGAGUGUGGGCAAUACUGGAGAGCAGAUUUUUUCUGCAAAUAUAAGCAGCUGUUGUUCACCUUUUCCUAUGUAUGCUUCUGCAUCAGUAUAUUUAUUUACUGCACAAAAAAAGUACAAGAGAUGUGCAGAAAAAAGACAGUACGGAUAUGCUAAUGUAACUUUAUUGUGUAACUAUGUUGGUUGUCAGGGGCAAAUGUUCAUUGUGUAGA